CUUCCAACAAACGAGUUCUAUUCGCAUGAAAUCACUUGGAGAAUGUUCUCAACUCAAUUACGGAGCUUCUUGAAGAAGAAUCAGAUCAAACGGAGUUCAUAUGUGAUAGUUAUGCUAUUUACAAAUCAGGUGAUCUUCAGUUCUCGCGAAUUCAGACCACCCGAGAAGCUCGAAAUGGCUAACCUUCUUUCUGAUGAACCAACGGUCAAUUCAAUCAUGACAAAGGUUAUUAUUCAUGUUCUAAAUGUUCAAGAAAGCAUUGGGCUUGAUGGUUUUCAAAAAGAUUCAAAAACGAGCUUGUUUGGGCCAAAUGGAGAAACCGAUAAAAUAUUGGCCAAGGGAAAAGAUGGAUUUCGACCAGCCCUCAAAGGGACAUGUCUUGGCCCAUAUCAGGAGUAUAUUCUUCACCUUUCAAAGUCCUGGUCGUGGCUAUAUGAAGAGAUAGUCCAAGUUUCAGUCAAAGACUUUAUUUAGUCAAGUCUUUGUUUCUAUUUCCAAUGUCUUGUUUUUAGCACAUUUUUCUUUGGAUCCCUACAACUUGUAAUCCUAUAAAUAAGGCCUUAGAGCCACGAAAUUAAACAGAUUGUUUUUCCCUUUUUAUGAGUUUCUCUCAUUGUUCUUUGUUUAGAACACUUCUUAGUUUCUUGGUGAGGUUAUCUCCAAGUUUCGAUCCUUCUUUUGUUGGACCGGUGCGUCACAUCCGGCAACGAUCGAAGUCUGGUAGUAUCUUUGGGCUAUUCCGCAACCCUUAGUGUCACCCCUCGAUCCAUCAGUUCUCAAUCCUCUCGGACCUGAGUUCAUAUCAACCUUACCGAAAGAGUGAUCCAUAUUUUGGUCGUAUCAAGUGGUAUCAGAGCCACUCAACCGGUACUAUCUAUCCAUCUUUUUCAUCUUCCAUUUCUAAACACUUCUUCUUCAUCUUUCUAUCUCAAAUCUGGGCCACUACCUUACCUAUCGCCAUUCUUCUAUAAAAAAAAAGAGAAAAGAAAAGAAAAAAAAAUAAUCUAUCAAAAAAAAAAAGAGAAAAGAAAAAAAAAAGUUUGAUUUAUUUGGCUAGGUGGUGGAAGAGAAAUCCUGCUGGCUGAGGAGAAAUCCAGCCUUGGAGUGGUUAAUACGGAUUUCAAAAUCAAUUCUCUUAUCUUUCUAUCUUGUGUUUCAUCUCUUGCUUGCUUGGAGAAACCCAUUGAGUUACUUGAUUUGUUCUCUUAGAACUUUGAGAGGAGACUCUUGAGUGACCACUAAAAUCUUAGAGAAACACUUGUGUGGGUGAGAUCAAACACUUGAGAGUGUGAGGAUUAUUUUUAUCUGUUAACCUUUUGUGUUGAGAAUUUUCAGGUUAAGAUGUUUGAAGCUGAUCAAAGAAGGCUUUUCAGUCAGUUUGAAGUCCGGGAGUUUUGUGACAACCUUGUGGAGGGUAUGGUGAAAGCCCUCAAGGAUGUCAGCAAGAUCCAAAAGAAGAGCACAACCACAUGUGCAUCUGUAGCUAAGCCAUCCUUAUUCAUCAAUGAAAAAUCCAAAGGUAAAUCUGAAAACAACCUUGAAGAUCAAAAAGAUUUUUCAGAUUCUUUACCAAUUUUUGAUGAGUAUGAUGAAGAGAUGAUUGAAAGUUUGAUCAUUUGUGAGGAUGAAUGUGAUCUUCCAUCUCCAAAAUCUGAUUUUAUGUUUGAUGAUGAAGAGACUAAUGGACUAACCUGUUUUGAACCGGAGCAUCCGAGUAGUUUUGUUCUAUUUUCACAGGAUUUUAAGGAAGAACCAUUCGACUACUCACAUCAAGGACUGCUUCUUGGCACCAGGAGACCCAUGGACGAUGAUCUAGGUCCCAUAUUCGAUGAGGAAGACGAACCUGGUCCAACCUUUGAAGCGGAAGCACCAAGCGUAACAUCCAACAUCAUGGAGAACCAACUUUGCUUUGAUCCCGGCACAGCUCCUACACCUUUGUUCAAAGAGCACUGAACUGUGCUAUCACGUGCCCUGACACCAUUCUGGUGUACAAGACUUACUUUGAUAGGCUUCAUGGUGAUCUGAAACGUGUGCUACAUGUUCUAGGGAAAGAAACUUUGGUUUAUGAUCUGAACAAAUACUUGUCUUGUACAUAUGAUCCUGGUAUUUUAAUGUUUGUUUUGAGUGUCCAGGAUAAACAGGAUCAGUCUCCAAGAGGUGUCAGGAACAGAAGCAGAGAUCGUGCUUAUCAGUUUAAGACUUGGAGAUGCAUGUACUCGAGGAAACCAACUUCAAAACUCCAAGGAAGUUUCUUUCCAAAAUUUUCCUUCACUAAAUUUUACAUGAUUUUUAAAUUCUUUUUGUCUGAUUCAUUUCCUUUUGAUACAGGUAAAAUGGAUUUGAGGUCAAAUCCUUUUCAAGAGGGAGGGAAUGAUGCGCCUCGGAUCAUAGACCCGGGCCAGGAUGAUGCGACCAUGGCUGAGCCAGAUGAUUCUUCAACAAAGGACAAACCAGGAUGGAUUAAUGGUGAGGAUACUGAUCUAAAACCAGCUGAUGAGACUGAGGACGAGCUGGAACCAGCUGAAGAGAGUAUGCUUGAGCUGAAACCAGCUGAAGUGAUAGUAGAUGAGCUGGAUGAGCUGAGUGAGCUAAGUGAUACUAGCUUGGAGCUGAAUGAGCUAAGUGACACUGAAGAUGGAGCUGGUUUAGUUGCUGGGCGAAAUGAGCCUUUUUCAGCCCAAAGAAAAAUUCAUAACAAAUUCAAUUUGGGUCGGUUUUACACCAAAUUCGACUAGGCCUUUCCUCAGUCCAUUUCAAGCCCAUUCUCAUCAAGAAUGCCAAGAGGGAGUCAGCAAGGAAGUCUUGGUCGUGCAUGGGAAAAAGAAUUCAACAAAAAUCAUUAAUUUCGGUCUUUAGUCAAAGUCUUCAUUUCUAGUUUCUAUGUCUUGUUUUUAGCACAUUCUUCUUUGGAUUUCUACAACUUGUAAUCCUAUAUAUAGGGCCUAAGAACCACGAAAUAAGAUAAGCUUUUUCCCCUUUUA